AUGCCUCAGUACACCGGAUCCUGCUACUGCCGCAACAUCAAAUACGAGAUAUCGCUUGACUCCCCAGACGAUGCACGAACCUCCCUCUGCCACUGUUCGAACUGUAAAAAAGCAUUCGGAACAAACUACGGCCUAACGGCCAAGAUACCCAAGGAUGCCUUCAAACUGACCGCCGGGAAACCCAAGGAGCAUGUCGGCGAUAACGGGUCCGGGUCAUUGCUGCACCGGGAAUUCUGCGAUAAUUGUGGAAGUUUCAUUCUUGAAUAUGGAGAUGCGGUUAAGGACCAAGCCCGGUAUAUCUGCGUUGGGACUCUAGAUGAUCCGGAGGCGUUGCCGCCCAAGGGGGAGUUUUUCUGUAGUUCCAGGGCGAGCUGGAUGCCUGAGAUUCCGAAUGUGUUUCACAAGCAGAAGAUCAAGGAGUAG